CUAAUCCCAAAAAUUAUACACAAACUAAAACAAAACACAAAAAUCUUGGAGCUUGCAUUGGUUUUUCAGGAUCCAUGAUUAAUAACAGCAACACAACCAAGUAAUUGCAGUAGUACCCUGAAUCACUACAAGUCAAAUCUCCCCGAUUUCUCUCUCUUUCUUUCUCAAAUCCCAAAAUCACAAAAUCACUGAAAAUUCAGAUUUAAGAGAGAGAAAAUGGUGACCAAAUUAGACGAGACUGAGUUGAAGAGAUUAGAAUCUCAAGUUGAGCAUGGUGGUGGAGGUGCUUGGGAAUACCUUUGUUUGGUUCGUAAACUCAAAAUUCGACGCUCUGAUAAGGUUUUGAAGCAUGGAUUAACGAUUUUGAAUGACCCCAAGAAGCGAUCUGCUCUUGCGGAUGAAGAAUGGACCUUAUAUGAACAAGUUGCCAUUGCUGCCAUGGACUGUAAUUCUCUUGAUACAGCGAGGGACUGCAUUGAAGUUCUGAGCAAGAAAUUCCCAGACAGCAAACGAGUUGGUAAGUUAGAGGCUAUGUUGCUAGAAGCAAAGGGUUGUUGGGAAGAGGCAGAAAGUGCUUACUCAAGUCUUCUUGAAGACAAUCCACUUGAUCAAGUGGUCCAUAAAAGAAAAGUGGCCAUGGCAAAGGCUAAUGGUGAUCUACUUAAGGCCAUUGAAUCCCUUAACAAAUAUUUGAAAGUAUUUAUGGCAGAUAAUGAUGCAUGGAGGGAACUUGCAGAAAUCUAUGUCUCACUGCAGAUGUAUAAGCAAGCUGCUUUUUGCUACGAGGAGCUCAUAUUAGCUCAACCCACAGUACCUAUGUAUCACCUUGCCUAUGCUGAUGUGCUUUACACUCUUGGAGGAUUGGAAAACCUUCAGACAGCUAAGAAAUACUAUGCUGCCACCAUAGAUUUUACGGGAGGCAAGAACACUAGGGCACUUUAUGGUGUUUGCUUGUGUACUGCUGCCAUUGGGCAGCUGGCCAAAGGCCGAAACAAGGAGGAUAAGGAGAGUGAGUUGCAUUCCCUUGCCGCCAAAGUCUUGGAGAGAGACUACAAAUAUAGGGCACCUGAUAAGCUUCCUUUGCUGACAUCUACCUUGAAAAACUUGAAACGUUAGUCAUAGCUCUUCAAUAAUUGAGUUCUAUGUUCAUUUCAUUGAUAUUCUAACAGCUAUAGAGGCCACAGUAUCAUGUGAUAAUGGUGACAUUAUUUAAAUUUUGUUUCCUAUGCAUUUUACUUUUAUUCAUUAUGUUUUCUCUUUUCUUUACUAGUUUUGACCCGUUACAGGGCUUUUUUAACGAUAAUUCCGUUUGUCGGAAAUUUACGCAAUUGUGUUUAGAAGGAUUUAAUGUCGAAGUACUCUGUAUGUCAAUUAGAUGUUUUUUUAGCUGGGUUAGCAGAUGAUUAAUAUGUUCUCUAUUUAUUUUGUACUCCGUAUUAUUUACAUUCCUACGCAAAAGUGAUAAUUUCUAAUAA